AUGAAUGGACACAAACGUCGUUGCAUUGCUAGUGGCUGUUUGUGCCAACCGGAGCUGCAUGUCCGGCUACCUCCCCGAAGCCCCGGCACGGGCGCCGGUUUGACGACAGGCACAUCGCUUGCCGCGUCUCAGCUCGACCUGCCGCCCAUCUCUGCAUUGUUUCUUAUCAAGUUCGACGUCAAGGCCGGCUACACGUUGACAUGGAAGGCCGCGCAGCCGGGCAUCGAGCUAGAGGGGACUGUCGAAUACAAGUCGCUACCAUCGGGGCUACACACCGUCAAAGACGACCUCAUAUACUUUGUGCACGACGGCUAUGCCGGCCUCAGUGCGUUUGUCAAUGCCCCCGUCGAAGAUACCGAGGCAAGGAAUGCGUGCAUGCUAGCCGUCGGCGUCCUAGUACCCUUGAGCUACGGGAGACUCGGCCGUGCUUGGAGGCACGCGGAAGGAUUAAAGGAGAUUGCAUCAAAGAUGGUUCUCAGCGACAAGGACACAAGCAUACUAGAGCAAUAUUGGAACAAGAACCGCGCAGGCGAUGACUCGAUCCAGCAAGAGCUCACCACGUCCAAGGAUUCUCCGGAGCCUUCCACUGUCACCUUUCAGGAGCAACCCAAACCACCAAAGAAGCAGAGCACUACUCGGCACAGGUCCGCUUCAGACGGAACAGGACUGUUGGCUCCCGGGCACAAGCUUUCUACGUAUCAUCCAGCUUGGAGCUUGACCGCGCUGCUAGAUACCUUCGGACCUCUCAUCUUCCCUAUCCAUCGCGCUGCAUUAUUACGCAAACGCAUCCUUAUUUCAUGUCACGCACCAGUGCAAGAAGUCUGUAAUUUCGUGUACAAUAUUUCAAUUCUUUCUAACAUUCCAAUACCGACCUACGAGGUUCUUCCCCAAGGCGGUCCAUCACAUCGCUUGCGGCCGCUGUUCACUAUUGGAGUCCACGAUAUCCCUUUUCUAACGGAAGAUGCCAAACACAGGCCCUCGGCGGCUGAAGCAACAGACCAAGAGCCAGGGAUGGGCUCCGGCUGGAUCGCCUGCACCACCGAUAGCAUUCUAGCCUUGAAGGACACUUUGUGGGAUGUGCUUAUCACUAUGCCACCGCCACAUGCUUAUGCAGCUAAGACGCAUGUUUGGCCGACAGUUGAACUGCCUGGAGGAGUACAGAUUAAAGCGACACAGCGAGACAUGCGCAGAUACAAAGCUCUUCGCACUGGGUUGUUCAGGAUACAGAAUAGCAACAGUGCCACUGCGGAGAGCCCGGGGUCACAAAGGCCACCGAGCGUCCUUGUGGAAUCUCAGAAGCAGGUCCAGGACGACCCACUGUUGGAUGAGGCUGAGAAAAUUGUCGAGCCCCUGUCAUGGGCGGCACUUGCCUACAACGGCUUCAUGUGGUGGGCGUCUGCUGGCGAACAAGCCCGAUCUGAAGAAUCUGAAGAGGCAUUGCAUGAUGCCUCGCUACUUGCUGACAUUUCGCAUUCAAACAUGUCGCUACAUAUGUCAUCUUCCACUGGGUCGUUGAGGAGACGAUCUUCAACAGGAGCGCCUACCAGCUCGCUUCCCGCCGAUGAGGCAAGAAGCGAACUGGCCAUCAUCGCUUAUUUCCAUCGUCUUACUUCACAAGUAUUGACCGCGUUGGCUGAUAUCGUAGAGAGCGCAGAUGAAGACGAGUCAGAGAACAAUGAUGAUGUCGACACAUUGGUCCCAGGGGACCAUGAAGACGAGUAUGAUGUCAGAGGCAUACGGAUCAAUCCUGAAGAAAUCAAGUCCAUGGGUCUGGACAGAUGGAGCCACAGUGAUGCCGAAUUUGUAAAGGCGGCUACUGAUGUGUAUUUUGGCAGGAGAGCGUACAUCCAAGGCAAAGCUGUUGAGGUCUGCGGCGUCAGAGUUUGCUAG